AUGUCGACAAGGUUGCGGAACCGACUCGGAAAGAGAACCUCUGGCGGAGGCAAGAUCGUGAAAGGACACCCCACGGUUUCAUGGGAUGAGCUUCCGGAGUGGCAGAGAGACAACGAGUACAUUUUGACUGGAUAUCGACGGAUCCAGAACCACUGGCCGGGAUGCAUUCAAUCUGUUUAUGCAUAUUUUCAUAACGAGAGUGUGAACAUUCAUACACACUUGGCGGGGGGAAUACUGUUCAUAUAUUUCUUGGCGACAUUCCGUGAAGUGCACAUGCAGCAAUAUGCGGCUUCUACAUGGGUCGAUUCCGCGGUGCUUGCAGUCUUCCUUAUCUCGGCAGUGUUCUGUUUGUUGGCCAGUGCCUUCUUCCACACCUCAACCUGCCAUUCGAAAGAGGUUGCCAGCAGGUGCCAUGCGCUGGAUUACUCGGGCAUCGUGAUCCUUACCGUUGGUGAGGCUCAUUCUAUCCCGCUCUUCAUUUUGGUUUUUUCUGUCAACCUAUAUUGCAAGGGCUGUAUAUCGUAUCCCUUACUGUCAUCGGCAUCGGUGCGUCGCAACCAUUCCCAUGCGCCGGGACCCGAUGUAUUAGGUGAUACAGGGGCGGCCUACGUUGUCCUCGAUCCCGAAUAUGCCAAACCGACCCAUCGCGGGGCCCGGACGGGUGUUUUCAUCGGGCUGGGGCUGUCCGGGAUUGUGCCCGUCGUGCACUGCACCCUGACAUCAGGAGUUCACAGGGUCUUUUUUCAGCAGGGCUUCAGCUGGAUUGUGGUCUCCGCUGCACUUUACAUUGCCGGCGCGCUUCUCUAUGCCAACCGUAUCCCCGAACGCUUAGCACCUGGAAAGUUCGACUAUCUGUUUGCUUCACAUCAGAUAUUCCACUGCUGCGUCGUUGCCGCGGCCACUGCCCAUUACGCGGGAGUGCUGACUGCGCUUCGAUUCACGUACUCCGAGUCAAAUGUUUGCGCUUGAUAAUCUGCUUAUCGACGCCGUUUGUCUGCCAUCUCUACACGGUACCGUCGAUGUUUCCGCGCGCGGGACUCCUGUAACCUUCUUUAAUUCUCACACUGGAAAUGCAAUCGAUUAACUUCAAUCGGACGUGAUGGAUUUCGAUUCCUAGCUGCGUUUGACAUGGGUUUCAUCGACAAUUGAAGCACAGUUCGUUAAACUGGCACUAUUUCCGCAACAGAUCCGAGAGAGGGUCCACUUCAUUAUGGAUUAACCUCUGCGUUGACACAUCCACGUCAAUUUCCGUUUCCAUUCUCGCGAGCCUGAAUCUUGCGCUGACGAGUUACGGCGUUGUCUCCGUGCAGUGCAGACUACACAUUCCAUCGCAACGAAUGACGUCUCAGCGUCUGCAACGGUCCCGAGCGUCUGCUUCCGUCCAUUCAAAACAUACACGAUGGACCACAGGCGCUCCAAAAAUCCUGAUGGCCCUGGCUGUGGAUUACUCUAUCGCGCUCGAAUUAUUAUCUCCAAGCGCCCCGACAAUCGUUCAACCCUUCAUUCCGCCGCCCCGCUGGGGCAGAUCACCCACAGAAUGACGUGCAAUCAUGUCAGCAGCCAAACUUCCUAGAUACAAUCAACUCCGGCAACCCCAAAAAGGAAAUUUGAACGGUUGGAAUUCAGGAAUAGAGCAGGGCAGCCGACAGGGCAUGCCAUCGUUACACGCUCGUUGCCAGCUCGUUGCAACAGGAAACUCGAGGUGCGUGGUCUGGACUGACCCCGGCGCUUUUUUCGAAGACUGUUCGGCAUUGCCGUCACAGACUCGAGGAAAAAACUGAAUUCCGGAAAAAGCCAAUGCGCCUUCGGAAGCGGUGGGGAUUCAAAACCAGAUAUGACGCCACACGCCUUUUAUCGAUGACGGACGGCCCUUCUUUCGGGAAUCCACAACCAUCAAAUGCCAUUACCACACACAAGUGCACGUGUCGGCAACUGGCCGAAAUUUUAAUUCGAGUAAAUUCGGGCCCGAACCCUAGAGGUUUGACAGCCAGUGAGAAGGGAUAUCGACGAGAGAUCCUUCGCCCGAUUGCAGCAACGCACUGGCUUCGACCGUCAAGCGGCAUGGAACGAGAUGUGUUUUAUCCCAGAUUCGGCCCCAGAUUUUCCGCUUCCCCUCUUGGUGCACCGCAGAGGCAUGCCAACUAUAAAUUGAUGUCCUCCACUCGCUGUUCUGUCGUCUCCUCGAUUAACUCAUCUUCUCCAUGCCUCACAUUACGAGCGGCCUGGUCACCGCUGCCCAUGCGCUCCUGGGCUCCGGACUCGUCGUGCAGUGCUCACUUGCUGUCGUAAUCUGCCUCAUUAUUAUCCUCACUGCCUCCUCGGCCGUGCAGCACGACGGAUUCGAAGAACCUAAAGCUUUGCCUGGCCCUUCAUUUUUCUCGAUCGUCCCCUUCUUCCGGCACCGGUACGACUUUCUCAACUGGGGAUUCCAUGUCACUGGCCAGAACAUCUUCCGUUUCCAACUCAUGAACCACCCCGUCAUCGCCCUGUCGGGAACGUCUGCACGCCGAGCCUUCUUCUACGCCAAGGGUUUCGACCUGACCGAAGGGUUCAAGAUUCUGUCGGGCGCGAUCCCCAUGGUCCCUGGUGUCACCUCUGGCCUCCAGAUGCAGCGCAUCACCACCAUCCAUCGGCGGCUCGCUGCUGUCCAGCGUAAUGAUCGGCUCUCGCAAUUAAUCCCCGCGAUCCUGAAAGACUCGGAAGUCAUCCUCCGUGACUUGGGGACCGCUGGCACGUUCGAUCCAUUCGACAAAAUCUACGAGCUGACGUUCCAAACGACCGUCCGGUGCCUUUCUUCAAGCGAUAUCGCGGAUGAUGCCAAGCUCGUCGCUCGGCUGAGACUGCUGUACGACCGCCUCGAAACAGGCACGACGCCUGCCACUGUGCUCCUUCCUUGGCUGCCGACCCCAGCCAUGCUCAAGAAACUUUGCGCGACGAAGGAGAUCUACGACAUCGUCGUCCGCGCUAUAGACGUCCGGGAGAAAAGCGGCAUCGCGCGCGACGACACGCUUCAGAUGCUUCUUGACUCGGGAGAUGACAAACUCGUGGUCGUCGGUUUCAUCAUGGGCCUGCUGAUAGCCGGUGCGAGAGCCACUGGAACGACUGCUUGCUGGGUUAUCACCUACCUUGGCGCCCACCCCGAGUGGGCGAAAAGUGCCCGCGCCGAAGCCGAGGCAUUGAUGGAGACACAUGCGGACCUUACACUCCCAGAUCUUUCCGCUCGACUCGCAUCGAUUCCGCUCGAGGCCUGGGAGUCCUCGACGCCUGUCCUGGAUAGCAUCACGCGCGAGACUCUGCGAGUAGCGCAGCCGCAUGUUGCGAUGCGGCGGAAUCUGGGUCCCGAGACAUAUAUCGACGGAAAGCGUAUACCAGCCGGCGCAUAUCUCGUCUACCCUUUCAGCGAUAUCCAUCUCGAUCCCGAAGUCUACCCAGAUCCAUGGCGAUUUGACCCGGCCAGGCAGCAGAUCUCGAAGGACAGGGGCGACCUCGCGUAUGUGGGCUGGGGAGUCGGCAAAACAACCUGUCUCGGCACUCGCCUCGCAAAGCUCGAGCUCAAGCUCAUCACCUCCCUCUUCCUCCUCACCUUCGAUCACACCAUCGUCGACGGCGCCGGCGCCGUCCGCGAAACAUCUCCCCGCCCGGACUGGAACGACACACUCUUUUGCCGUCCCACCGGGGAAUCGUGCCAUGUCAGCUACCAGCGGAGGCAGGACACCUGUUGAAUGAAGCUUCAAGACUCAACCUACUUCAAUUCCAAUCCAAAUUCUAGUGUACUUCAGCAUCACUAUAUGCUUUCUGUAUGGUUAUUUCUACUCACUAUUUGCCAGUCUCUGGCAUCGCUGGCGACGUAAUUUCCUCUCCCUAGUAGAAUUAAUUACUCAUGUACUAUUAUUAACCCUCAUAGACAUGUUGCGACGCGUGACGCACAAUCAUUCCUAUAUGUGAUCUUCGGCGCAGGAUCCAUCCACGCACUGCACUUUCAACAA